GUCGUUUUCUUCCUCUAUUGGAAUCGUUAAAGAAAUUUCUGACUCGUCCUUAACUCGUCGAGCAUAGCCAUAGAUCAGAAAACGACCCAUUUCUCUCUCUCUUUCUCUUCGAUGGAGUUCCACAGAUUCUACCUCCUACUCAUCUUGUCGCUUAUCUGUGCUCAAUCUAGGGCCGAAACUACUGGAUCUGUUUUCUUCAUUGAUAGUUCUUCUAAUCAGUUUUUUCGUAAAGCAUCGGACGAUUUAGUCAAGCCAGAUUUGAUUUUGGACACAGAAGCUGGUGCUGCGGUAUCAGUCUUGCUUGGAUUUGCACCACCUUCUACUCUUUCAGAAGCUAGCUCAUCUAAGUUGAAUCAAAUACUCGUCCCGAAUCCAUUCAAUCGGCCUCGUGCUGUUUUCAUGCUGGAAGUUAGAGGAGUUGAUGAUUCUGAACUAUUGGCAAAAGAUAAUGCCAUCUCUGGCAAUAUUCUUAGUAGCAAGAUUGUGUUCGGGUCAGAGAAAACUGAAAUUCAACUUCCAGCUGAAGAUGAAGUUUCUGUAGUUUCUUUGGAUGAGCCAUUCACUGAUCUUACCGACAAAGAAAUUAGCAUUUUUGCAUCUUGGAUGGGUGGGGCCUAUAUCUACAAUACUGAAGAAACUUUGAAUGGAGAUUUGAUCAUUCCUUUGGCCAAUGGUGCUAAUGUGAAGCUUCAUAUGUCAAAGAAAGCAGACAGGGAAUUUAUUGUUAGUAUUCUAUCUCUUGUCCGUAACUUAAGGAGUGCAAUGGAGCUGCAUGAAGACUUAUCUCAUGUUAAAAGCAAUCCGGCUGAGUUGUUGAUUGGUUCCUUUGAUGGCAUUAAGAUUUUACGAGAGCAAGGAAGUGAGGGUUCCGCUCAAUAUGGAAUGGAGUUACUACUCGCUACAUUGUCCAAGCUAUACAACGAACUGCAAGAUGCAUACAAAGGUCAAAUUGUCGGAGUCAUCUUUUGCUCCGGGGAAGCUUCUAUGGAAUCAAGCAAGUUGCUGGAUGUGAGUUUUGCUCCUCAGCGAUCAGCGCGUUUGUUGGAAGAGAACAAAGUCCCCCGUGAAUUGAUUAUUGAAGUGUUGUUGGUUAGGAAGAUCCUUGCUUGGAUCACAGGAAUCAUACUUCUCAUUUCAACCCUCAUAGGGGUAUACUUCCUUUUCUAUAUGCCACUCACAAGAGAUACCCUUUUGUAUUCUAAUGUCAAGCUCGAUUAAAUCGAAAGAAAGAAAGAUCGGAUUACCGUUGGACCAUAUGCCUACUACCUAUGUCCAAUUUACAAUGUUUAUAUUGAAAAAAACCCUCUUCCAAUUCUGUGAGAUUAAAACACAGGUAGUUCUUAGGUAAUCUGAGUUUUCUCAUCCAAACAUUAAUGGCUAGAUCAAAGAAGUAUUUUCUUUAGAGAGAUUCUCAAUAGCCACUUUUUCCUUUGUCUUUAUUUUUUGGGUAUGUAAAGCAUUGGGACUGGUCAGCUUGGGUGAGAAAGAAUUUGUGUGCUUAGCAGAUGAAAAAUAAUAUUGUGCAUUUAUUUGGCCAUGAGGAGAUUCUCUUAUCAUCUGUGUAUUUGUUUAUUAGUUUCCAAUAAUUUAUAUAUGUAUUUUCCAAAUUUUGGAUAAUAAUUAUAAUAAUAAUAAUAAAAAAAAACAGCAUUACCUUCCUCA